CGGGCGCUGAUAAUCCCUUCGCCCUAUCACGCCUACUGCCGGCGGCCGCCCUCGAGAGACAGCCUGGCCCUGAGAAGCCGCCCCAGGGAGGAGGCGGGACAUCCGCCCCCCCCUCCGGAAGUGACGCCAGAGUGUCAACAUGCAAGAUGGCGGCGCAUCACAGGCAGAACACGGCGGGGCGGCGGAAAGUGCAGGUGUCUUAUGUCAUUAGAGACGAAGUAGAGAAAUGUAACCGGAAUGGAGUCAACGCUCUUCAGUUGGACCCAGCAUUAAAUCGACUCUUCACUGCUGGGCGAGACUCGAUCAUUAGAAUAUGGAGUGUAAGCCAGCACAAGCAAGAUCCCUACAUAGCGUCUAUGGAGCACCACACCGAUUGGGUAAACGAUAUUGUACUUUGUUGUAAUGGGAAAACAUUAAUAUCUGCUUCUUCUGAUACAACAGUCAAAGUGUGGAAUGCACAUAAGGGAUUCUGCAUGUCAACAUUAAGGACACACAAGGAUUAUGUGAAGGCUUUAGCCUAUGCCAAGGACAAGGAGCUGGUCGCCUCUGCUGGACUGGACAGGCAAAUCUUCCUCUGGGACGUGAACACUCUCACAGCACUGACUGCCUCAAACAACACUGUCACAACUUCUUCUCUAAGUGGGAACAAAGAUUCCAUUUAUAGCCUUGCAAUGAAUCAGCUGGGAACAAUCAUUGUAUCCGGGUCCACUGAGAAGGUUUUGAGGGUUUGGGAUCCAAGAACUUGUGCAAAGCUUAUGAAACUUAAAGGGCACACAGACAAUGUGAAAGCUUUGCUGUUGAACAGAGAUGGGACCCAGUGCCUGUCUGGUAGUUCUGAUGGAACGAUUCGCCUCUGGUCCCUUGGCCAGCAGAGAUGCAUAGCAACAUAUCGAGUUCACGAUGAGGGCGUGUGGGCCUUACAGGUUAAUGAAGCCUUUACCCAUGUGUAUUCUGGAGGAAGGGACCGAAAGAUUUAUUGUACAGAUUUGAGAAACCCUGAUAUACGGGUCUUGAUUUGUGAAGAAAAAGCCCCUGUUCUCAAGAUGGAGCUUGAUAGGUCAGCUGAUCCCCCUCCUGCAAUUUGGGUGGCCACAACAAAGUCUUCAGUGAAUAAAUGGACUCUGAAAGGAAUUCAUAAUUUUAGAGCUUCUGGAGAUUAUGACAAUGACUGUAACAAUCCUAUAACACCCCUUUGCACACAGCCUGAUCAAGUUAUUAAAGGAGGUGCCAGUAUUAUUCAGUGCCACAUUCUUAAUGAUAAGAGGCAUCUGUUAACCAAAGACACCAACAAUAAUGUGGCAUAUUGGGACGUACUAAAGGCAUGUAAAGUAGAAGAUCUGGGCAAAGUGGACUUUGAAGAAGAAAUUAAGAAAAGAUUUAAAAUGGUGUAUGUGCCAAAUUGGUUCUCGGUUGAUUUAAAAACUGGGAUGUUGACAAUUACACUGGAUGAGAGCGACUGCUUUGCUGCUUGGGUCUCAGCAAAGGAUGCUGGGUUUAGCAGCCCAGAUGGGUCAGAUCCAAAAUUGAACUUGGGAGGGCUCUUGCUGCAAGCUCUCCUUGAGUAUUGGCCCAGAACCCAUGUUAAUCCAAUGGAUGAGGAGGAAAAUGAGAUGAACCAUGAUUAUUCAAAGCCAGGAAGAAGGACUAACACAUUUGGAGGACAGGAUCCAGGUGAAAAAAAGGACUGGCCAGGCGAGACUGUAAAUGGCGAGCAGGAGAAUCGAGUCCAGAAGGGCAAUGGCUACUUCCAAGUCCCUCCACACACCCCGGUGAUCUUUGGAGAGGCUGGAGGCCGUACCCUGUUCAGGUUGCUGUGUCGGGAUUCUGGAGGGGAGACUGAGUCGAUGCUACUCAACGAGACAGUGCCCCAGUGGGUGAUUGACAUCACUGUGGAUAAAAAUAUGCCCAAAUUCAACAAAAUUCCCUUCUACCUCCAACCUCACUCAUCUUCAGGGGCAAAAACCUUAAAGAAAGAUAGACUGUCCGCCAGUGACAUGCUCCAGGUCAGGAAGGUGAUGGAGCAUGUUUACGAGAAAAUCAUUAAUUUGGACAGUGAGUCUCAGACCACCAGCUCUUCUAAUAAUGAGAAACCUGGAGAGCAGGAGAAAGAAGAGGAUAUCGCAGUGUUGGCAGAGGAGAAGAUUGAACUUUUGUGCCAGGACCAAGUACUGGAUCCGAACAUGGACCUUCGGACGGUAAAACACUUCAUAUGGAAGAGCGGCGGCGACCUCACGCUCCAUUACCGCCAGAAGUCCACGUGAGGCCCGGGGCGAGCCCUCCUGGGUGUCCAUUUACUGACCUUCCUGUCGUGGUCCUGAGAGUAGAACUACCUAGCGAAGCCCACUGAACCCCCACAGUAGCGAGACUUCUAACGAUUGAUUGAGUACGGACCGAGAUUAUACCUUUUAACUGAAGUGACUAAUAGAGAUGUAAUAUAGAAACACAAUCUAUACGGCCUAGACUCCAGUCUGUCCCGGAGGGAGGAGCCCCAGUGGGGUUCUGGUUUUUUCAAGGUGUGCGAGGAGCGCCCGAGAGGCCAGUGUAGACGUGGCUUCUUCCUUUUUGUUUCCAAGGACUCAUCUCCGUCUCUUCAUGCUUGCUGGGAGACCCUCGGGGGCCAUCUCUGUCACUGUGUUCCAAAUGUAAUUCAAACCUGCA